GACACUACACCAUCAACCAUCAUGACAAAUUGGUUGAUGACACUACACCAUCAACCAUCAUGACUAAUUGGUUGAUGACACGACACCAUCAACCAUCUUGACAAAUUGGUUGAUGACACGACACCAUCAACCAUCAUGACUAAUUGGUUGAUGACACGACACCAUCAACCAUCAUGACUAAUUGGUUGAUGACACUACACCAUCAACCAUCAUGACAAAUUGGUUGAUGACACGACACCAUCAACCAUCAUGACUAAUUGGUUGAUGACACUACACCAUCAACCAUCAUGACAAAUUGGUUGAUGACACGACACCAUCAACCAUCAUGACUAAUUGGUUGAUGACACGACACCAUCAACCAUCAUGACAAAUUGGUUGAUGACACUACACCAUCAACCAUCAUGACAAAUUGGUUGAUGACACUACACCAUCAACCAUCAUGACUAAUUGGUUGAUGACACGACACCAUCAACCAUCUUGACAAAUUGGUUGAUGACACGACACCAUCAACCAUCAUGACUAAUUGGUUGAUGACACGACACCAUCAACCAUCAUGACUAAUUGGUUGAUGACACUACACCAUCAACCAUCAUGACUAAUUGGUUGAUGACACGACACCAUCAACCAUCAUGACUAAUUGGUUGAUGACACGACACCAUCAACCAUCAUGACUAAUUGGUUGAUGACACGACACCAUCAACCAUCAUGACUAAUUGGUUGAUGACACGACACCAUCAACCAUCAUGACUAAUUGGUUGAUGACACUACACCAUCAACCAUCAUGACUAAUUGGUUGAUGACACGACACCAUCAACCAUCAUGACUAAUUGGUUGAUGACACGACACCAUCAACCAUCAUGACAAAUUGGUUGAUGACACUACACCAUCAACAUUGUCUGAUGACACUACACCAUCAACAUUGUCUGAUGACACUACACCAUCAACAUUGUCUGAUGACACUACACCAUCAACAUAGGCUGAUGACACUACACCAUCAACAUUGUCUGAUGACACUACACCAUCAACAUAGGCCGAUGACACUACACCAUCAACAUUGUCUGAUGACACUACACCAUCAACAUAGGCUGAUGACACUACACCAUCAACAUUGUCUGAUGACACUACACCAUCAACAUAGGCCGAUGACACUACACCAUCAACAUUGUCUGAUGACACUACACCAUCAACAUAGGCUGAUGACACUACACCAUCAACAUUGUCUGAUGACACUACACCAUCAACAUAGGCUGAUGACACUACACCAUCAACAUUGUCUGAUGACACUACACCAUCAACAUAGGCUGAUGACACUACACCAUCAACAUUGUCUGAUGACACUACACCAUCAACAUAGGCCGAUGACACUACACCAUCAACAUAGGCUGAUGACACUACACCAUCAACAUAGGCUGAUGACACUACACCAUCAACAUAGGCUGAUGACACUACACCAUCAACAUAGGCCGAUGACACUACACCAUCAACAUAGGCCGAUGACACUACACCAUCAACAUUGUCUGAUGACACUACACCAUCAACAUAGGCUGAUGACACUACACCAUCAACAUUGUCUGAUGACACUACACCAUCAACAUUGUCUGAUGACACUACACCAUCAACAUAGGCCGAUGACACUACACCAUCAACAUAGGCCGAUGACACUACACCAUCAACAUAGGCUGAUGACACUACACCAUCAACAUAGGCUGAUGACACUACACCAUCAACAUUGUCUGAUGACACUACACCAUCAACAUAGGCCGAUGACACUACACCAUCAACAUAGGCCGAUGACACUACACCAUCAACAUAGGCCGAUGACACUACACCAUCAACAUAGGCCGAUGACACUACACCAUCAACAUAGGCUGAUGACACUACACCAUCAACAUUGUCUGAUGACACUACACCAUCAACAUAGGCCGAUGACACUACACCAUCGACAUUGUCUGAUGACACUACACCAUCAACAUUGUCUGAUGACACUACACCAUCAACAUUGUCUGAUGACACUACACCAUCGACAUUAUCUGAUGACACUACACCAUCAACAUUGUCUGAUGACAAUACACCGUCAACAUUGUCUGAUGACACUACACCAUCAACAUUGUCUGAUGACACUACACCAUCACCAUAGGCCGAUGACACUACACCAUCAACAUCGACCGAUGACACUACACCAUCAACAUAGGCUGAUGACACUACACCAUCAACAUAGGCUGAUGACAAUACACCGUCAACAUUGUCUGAUGACACUACACCAUCAACAUAGGCCGAUGACACUACACCAUCAACAUAGGUUGAUGACACUACACCAUCAACAUUGUCUGAUGACACUACACCAUCAACAUAGGCUGAUGACACUACACCAUCAACAUUGUCUGAUGACACUACACCAUCAACAUAGGCCGAUGACACUACACCAUCAACAUAGGCCGAUGACACUACACCAUCAACAUAGGCUGAUGACACUACACCAUCAACAUUGUCUGAUGACACUACACCAUCAACAUUGUCUGAUGACACUACACCAUCAACAUUGUCUGAUGACACUACACCAUCAACAUUGUCUGAUGACACUACACCAUCAACAUUGUCUGAUGACACUACACCAUCAACAUUGUCUGAUGACACUACACCAUCAACAUUGUCUGAUGACACUACACCAUCAACAUAGGCCGAUGACACUACACCAUCAACAUAGGCCGAUGACACUACACCAUCAACAUAGGCCGAUGACACUACACCAUCAACAUCGGCCGAUGACACUACACAAUCAACAUCGGCCGAUGACACUAGCUCAAAUGUUAAGCCCUCUUUUCUGUAUCACUUUGUUUACCAAAACAAGCACUUGUUUUGGAAGUGACCCUAAAUGAAGGAUGCUUUCCUUGGGGGGCAUGGGUUGACUAUAUUUUAUAUGCAACUUUUGUAAAAGUCUACAUUUUAUACCUGAUUUGUAAUUAUGUAGAUGAACUCUCCAGAUGAUCAAAUCAGAUAAUGUAUGCUUCUGAUUAGAGAGCAAUGUCAGGAUAAAGCACAAGUGGACUUUAAUUGUGAACUUAACAUAUAUAUUGUAUCUGCUUAUUACCAUACUGGAAUUUAUUUCAAUUGCAAAUUAAACACAGCUUUUCUCACAA